AUGACUGGAUCCAAUCGCCAAUCGCCGGGCUCUUCUGUUUCACCUAAUAGCAACAGCGUGCCCUCUCCGUCUAUCCAAAAUCCUAAGACUCGGAAUGCUCGUCACUCCCGCAACGUCUCUUGGGCUACCGGUCUCGAUCAAGGCGGCGAAUCCUCUUCCGACGGCUACACUCAACAGCAGCGGCGUCGCGGGUCUAUCUUCUCUUCAUCCCAUGCCCCAGAGGGCCUUUCAGGCCGCAACGACGAUAGCGACGAAGCAAUGGCAUUGAGGAACACCUCGUUUGACUGGAACGACACUGCCAGAGGCCAUGUUCGGUCACGAUCUCAGAGCCAACAAUUGCCGGCGCCUGGAACGGUGGAGAUGUCACCCCCGCGGCCGGGCCCCGUGACCUGGAUGUCUCUACCGCAGAAGAAGCAGCUGGCAUUGCUUGGUCUAUGCCGGGUGUUUGACUUUCUUCAGAUCGCUUCAUUGCAAGCGUACAUGUUCUACCAGCUCAAAUACUUCGACCCGAACCUUUCCGAUUCCGAUGUCUCUACGCAGGCCGGUAUCCUCCAAGGUGCCUUUACGGCCGCCCAGUUUGCAACGGCUAUUCCCUGGGGACGGGUUGCUGAUGCGGAGUGGGGUGGACGCAGGUUCGUCCUCCUCACUGGGUUGAUUGGGACUGCGGUCUCUUGCCUAGGCGUUGCGUUUGCAACCUCGUUCGCGCAGGCCGUCUUCUGGCGGUCGUUCGGUGGUGCUAUCAAUGGAACUGUGGGCAUAAUCCGAACUAUGAUCGCGGAGAAUGUCAAGGAGAAGAAGUACCACUCUCGAGCGUUCUUGAUUCUCCCUAUUGGGUUCAACAUCGCUUCUCUUUUUGGGCCUGUUAUGGGUGGCAUGCUUUCCGAUCCGGUCAGAGCCUACCCUUCGCUCUUCGGUCCUGACUCCUCGUUUGGUGGUAAGGAUGGGGUCCAGUGGCUUAUUCGUUAUCCAUAUGCACUGCCCAUGCUGGCUAAUGCGUUCUUCCUCACUUUCUGUGCCGUCUGCGUUGGCCUUGGUCUCGAGGAGACUUUGGAAUCGUGCAAGGGAAAGCCUGGCCUUGGUACAUAUUCCUUACGCCUUGUUGCUCGCGGUGUCAGAGCACUCGUUCCUUCGUCCUCGCCUCUCUAUUCGAGACUACCUUUUGCCGACUAUGAAGAAUCGGGGCCGCUGCUGGGAAGAGCCAACGAGACGUACGAGCUUGAAGAGAAGUCGACUAAGGCCCCACGCCAUACUCGCGUCCUGCCAUUCCGACGGAUCUGGACCAAGAACGUCCUGUGCACUUUGCUGGCUCAGGCAUUCUUCGACUUCCAGAUGGGUGCAUUCAAUAACCUCUGGCUUCUCUUCUUGUCUACCCCUCGCUACGACGCAAACGACCCAGCCAGUCCCGCGCAGCACCUCCCAUUCAUCUUCACAGGGGGACUUGGCAUGCUUCCCCAGAGUGUCGGCUUCGCAACCGCGAUCCUAGGCGUAAUAGGCAUGAUCCUUCAAUUCACCAUCUACCCCUCCAUCAACGGCCGUCUCGGCACAGCAAAGAGCUAUCAGUACUUCCUCACCCUCUUCCCCGUCGCCUACGCCUUCGCUCCGUACAUCGCCCUCGCUCCCUCAAGCACUCCGCCCCCAGGCCAAGCCAACGGCGGCUGGGUCUGGUUCUCUAUCAUCAUCGUCCUUUUUCUGCAAGUCACGGCGCGCACAUUCACCCUUCCCACCUCAAUCAUCCUUCUCAACAAUUGCUCACCACACCCGUCUGUCCUUGGAACAAUCCACGGCAUCGGCCAGUCCGUCUCCUCCGCAUUCCGUACGAUAGGGCCGAUCUUCUCGGGAUCCUGGUACGGUUAUGGCUUGGAAAUCGGCAUCGUUGGAUUCGGGUGGUGGCUGAUAGCCCUCGUUUCUGUCUGUGGCUGCAUUGCUGCGAUUUUCGUUUACGAGGGGUCUGGGCAUGAGAUCUUUCUUCCCGGUGAAGAAGAGGAUAUGUGA